AUGGCGUGCGCCGACAAAUAUACCCGAAAGCCCAUUACGGACAUCUUCACAAGCGACACAGAUAUCGACCGGAGACAAUGCACACGGACAGUCCCCAUGAAGGUGUUGCUAUUGGGAGUCGGACGGACAGGCACAGCUUCAAUGCGAGCUGCCAUGCAACAACUGGGCUACGUUGAUACCUACCACAUGAUGUCGUGCUCCAUCGAGAACCCUCCAGACGCCCUCCUGUGGAUGGACGCGCUGAAAGCCAAAUAUGAUGGCGUGGGCAAGCCCUUCGAGCGCGAGGACUGGGACAAGCUGCUCGGCAACGCGCAAGCCGUCUGCGACUGGCCGGCAUGCGCCUUUGCCGAGGAGCUCAUCCAGGCAUACCCAGAAGCCAAAGUGGUCCUGACCGGGCGAGAUGUGGACUCUUGGCACGCUUCGACGAUGAAGACGGUGUACUGGCGCGUGACGGAUCACGAGCUGCGGUGGCUGUCCAACUUCAGCUGGGCUGCCAGCAUGUACUACCCGAUGCUGAAGAAGUUCUUCGACACCUUCUUUGAGGGCGACUUCCCCAACCGCGGCAAGGACGUCUACAAGCGCCACUACGAGAACGUCAAGAGCCUCGUGCCGCCCGAGAACCUGCUCGAAUUCCGCGUCCAGGACGGCUGGGAGCCCCUGUGCGAGUUCCUCGGCGAGCGUGUACCCUACGGCCAGAAGUUCCCCAAGGUCAACGACAACAACGACUUUGUGGAUCGCUCCCGCCGCCGAAAUCGGAUGCAGAUGCUCAAUGUCUUGGCACAGAUCUUUGAAUGGAUCGCUAUUCUCGGCCUGGGCCUGUUUCUCAUCUACUACUUCACGUAA